UUUCUAUGAUCACUAGGGUUUCCUCGAACUCUCUUUGUUUCUUCGAAACUUCUCUCUCUCUCUAUCUCUCUCUCUCUCUCUCUCCGUUCCUAGAGUUUCCGCCUCUUCGAUCCAUCGCUAGGGUUUUGGAGCGCCUUUGACCGUGGUCGCCAUGGCGGAGGUCAUCGACAUGCCCGCCGAAACCCUAGAUCGCCGCCGUGACCGCCAGGGGGAGCAGCGGGACAGCCCCGGAGACGGAUCGCCGCUGCCUCCGCCGCCGCCGCCGCUGCCCCCGCCGCCGAGGAAGAGGGAGAGGGACCCGAAGGAGGGGCGCGAUGAGAGGGACGAACGCGGCCCCGGACGCAGGGAGGAUUACAACGACGCUCGGAACCGGUCGCCGCCGCCGCCGCCGCCGCCGCCGAUGGGGCCAUCGCGGGGGGAGAGGGAGCGGGACUAUCGGCGGCGGAGCACCCCAAGCCCGCCGCCCUACGGCUACAGGGAUCGGCGCCACUCCCCUCCGCCACGGCGGUCGCCGCCUUAUAAGCGGUCGAGGAGAGAUGAUGGGGGAUACGACCGGCGCAGGGGUAGUCCGAGAGGAGGUUAUGAUGACAGAAGGUAUGGAUAUGAUUAUGGUGGCAGAGGUGGCUACGGCGAGGAAAGAGGUUAUGGCCGGUACAUGGGUCGGGCAUCAGAUUGGCCUGAGGGCGGACAUGGCGAUUUUGGCGAUGGCCCAGGGCUCGCUCAAAGGGAAGGCUUGAUGUCGUAUAAGCAAUUCAUUCAAGAGCUUGAAGAUGACGUUUCUCCAGCUGAAUCCCUACGCAGGUAUGAGGAAUACAAGACGGAGUACAUUACAACUCAGAAACGUGCUUAUUUCGACCUUCAUAAGGAGGAGGAUUGGCUGAAGGAUAAGUAUCAUCCAACUAACUUAGUGGCUGUUAUUGAAAAGCGGAACGAACAAGCUAGGUCCACUGCAAAGGAAUUCUUUCUAGAUUUACAGAGUGGAACUCUAGAUCUUGGCCCAGGAUUAACUGCCACGUCAGCAUCCAAAUCAGGGAAUGCCAGCGAUGCAAACUCUGAGGAUGAAACAGACUUAAGUAGCAAGAGGAGAAGGCAUGGAAGGGGGGCCACAAAAGACAAUGAUCUACUCUUUUCAGCUCCCAAGGCUCACCCAGUUAGUUCUGACCCUCGACGAAUUCAAAUCGACAUAGAACAAGCUCAAGCACUUGUACGCAAGCUCGAUAGUGAAAAGGGUAUUGAGGAUAACAUUCUAUCAUCUACCGAUCGCGACAAAUCUGAUGGCGACAAAUCACAUAGUGGAUCGAUGGGCCCCCUUAUUAUAAUCCGGGGCUUGACUACCGUGAAGGGUCUUGAAGGUGUCGAGCUCUUGGACACUCUUCUUACUUAUUUGUGGCGUGUCCAUGGUGUUAAUUAUUAUGGCAUGUCUGAGAGCAAUGAAGCCAAAGGCCUUCGACAUGUGAGAGGAGAUAGUAAGACUUCUGACGGGUCUAAUAAUACAAGUGGGGCUGAUUGGGAGAAGAAGCUUGAUUCUUUCUGGCAGGAGAGAAUGAACGGUCGGGAUCCAUUGGAGACUUUGGCAGCAAAGGAUAAGAUUGACGCGGCGGCUGUUGAAGUGCUAGAUCCAUAUGUAAGGAAAAUAAGGGAUGAAAAAUAUGGUUGGAAGUAUGGUUGUGGAGCCAAGGGAUGCACAAAGCUUUUUCAUGCUCCUGAGUUUGUUCAUAAGCAUCUCAGACUGAAGCACCCGGAGCUUGUUAUGGAGCUGACCUCGAAAGUGAGAGAGGAUCUCUAUUUCCAGAAUUAUAUGAACGAUCCGAAUGCGCCUGGCGGAACACCUGUGAUGCAGCAAUCUGGUCCGGGGUUUCAGAGGGAUAGAAUUAGAAGAAGGGGACCUUUAGAUGGUCGCCUUAGAGAUGAACGGGGCAAUCGCAGAGAUUAUGACAGGGCUGACAGAGAUGGUGAUAGGCAUGAUAGGAUGGAUAACUCCCCGACACGUGAUGCCAAUGGUGGAUCCGAAAGGGAUAAUCCGAAUGAGCCGAUCUUUGAUGCUUAUGGUGGGCCAGGUUUGCGUGGCAAUCCUUUUACUGCGGAUAUUCCACCUCCUGGACUACUGAUGCCUGUGCCUGGUGCUGGCCCACUGGGCCCUUUUGUUCCUGCCCCACCUGAAAUGGCAAUGCGGAUGAUGAGGGAUCAAGGUGGUGGACCGAUUUACGAAGGAAAUAGUGGUCCUCGUGGUAGGAAAGGGAGGCUUGGCCCUCCUGUUGGUGCUUCAGCACCACUUCUUGCUGUUCCUCCGGCCUUCCAACACGAUCCUCGCCGUAUACGAAGCUACCAAGACCUUGACGCCCCCGAGGAUGAAGUCACUGUAAUCGACUACAGGAGCUUAUAGGUGCCCUUUUCUGAUAUUUGAUCAGACUCACGAGCAUGAUCUUUGAAGCAAACCAGAUGGGCGGGCUAAGUUUGCCUUGGGAGCUUACCGACGUGUUUAAAUUGUACAAUAGCUGCUCGGGAAGAGGACUUGUUAUUACUCUUUUAUUCUGUGGCAAGCCAAAAGAGAGGAGACAUUAGACUGUGCCCAUGUUGAGUUGAAUAUAUUGUUUGUACAUCGCAGUUGUGGGUAUAUUUCUUCUGUUUCAUCUUUUGAUUUAUAAUCUAGUGGUUUCAGCGUCAGUUUUAAACCGUUUUAAACCGGAGGGAAAUUGUGAUGCCCUUGGCAUUCAGCGACAUUUGUUUUUGUAGAAGAUGUUUAUCUCAGUUCGGUACAUUACUAUAUAUCUAUUUUGAACCAGUUUAAAUCUAUCAUUUACACCAGCACUGUGUAAAUUGAAUAUUUUUAAGGUGGGGAAGUGGACUUAACUAUUGUUGUUUAGGAGAAA